AUGUGGCCUGUCAAAACAUGGGAAACCGUUCUCAAGUUGCACCACAUUGCUGCAGGCCUCUUCAUCCUCGUUUUCUUUUUCGCUGUUGUAUACUUAUCUCAUGAUAUUAAUUACUUGAACUUGUUCAAAAACCAGAUCAGAGUAAAAAGAUCGGAGUCAAGUGCAGACAACAUUUACUCCAGUCAACAGUGUGACCAUUUCUCGGGCAGAUGGGUUUACGAUAAUGUGUCUUACCCUCUGUACGAGGAGAGCCAGUGUGCUUUCAUGGAGGGUGCUUUUGCUUGUCAGAAAUAUGGGAGAAAGAACCUCAAGUAUCAGAAUUGGCGAUGGCAGCCUCAUCACUGCAACCUUCCAAGGUUUAAUGGCACAUUAUUGCUGGAGAAAUUGAAAGGGAAAAAACUUAUAUUUGUGGGAGAUUCAUUAUGUCGAAACCAGUGGGUGUCCAUGCUUUGCCUCAUCGAGUCGUCUCUUCCUCCCUCGUCCAUAAAGAUGUUUAACUUUACAGGCAACUUGCAAUAUUUCCACAUCAAAGAACACGAAACGACAAUUGGGUUCUACUGGUCGCCGUUUCUUGUUGAAUCGAACUGCGAUGACCCGUGGCAGCAUCAGUCGGCAGGGCAAACGGUUAGAGUCCACGGCAUCGAAAAGCAUGCCAGGCACUGGAACGACGCAGACAUCCUCGUCUUUGAUUCAUAUGCGUGGUGGAUCAAUUACGAUAUUCAAGUCUUGUGGGGAUCAGUCGGGAGCCCAGAUGCGAUUCACAAAACAGUAGCAAUGAAGGAUCGUAGAUUCGAGAUGGCACUAAACACUUGGUCGGAUUGGCUGGAAAUAAACGUUAAUCGUUCCAAAACCAAGCUGUUCUUCAUGAGUGCGUCACCUUACACGUUGAGAGGUGAAACCUGGGGGCAAUGCUACAAUGUGACUGAGCCUGAGGCUAAGGUUGAAGAGGCGAGCAGUAGUGGAAUUAGGUAUUCCAGUUACAGCAGCAGCAGCAGCAGCAGGAGGAGGAAGAGGCUGGCGAGUAUAGUGGAAUCAACGUUACAAAAGCUGGAGACACGAGGGGUGAGAGUGGAGUAUGUAAGGAUAACGGGGCUGUCCGAAUACCGGAGAGACGCACAUCCCUCUAUUUACAGAUCGUUCUACACUACUAAUAACCAGAAGCAGAAGAAGUUAGAUCCCAACAGUUACGCCGACUGCGUGCACUGGUGUCUCCCAGGAGUGCCGGAUGUCUGGAAUCAGAUCCUCUAUUCUUUCCUACUACUUAUUUAAUACUGUAGACUGUAGUAAUAUCAUAGUGGCGUUGUUGUACUUGCUUGACGAGUUAGUUGUAUGUAUGUAUGUAUGUUAUUAUCAUCGGUGGAGUUGGCAGGCUCACCCAAUCCGUUACAAGUCAUAUAUGCUUAAUUAACCUCUCAAAACACACAAUGAAAUAUAUACUGA